CUAGGUAAAUUGUAAACUUUGGACAUUAUCAGACUGCUGCUCCUCCAGUAUUCCAUGGAACUGACUAUGUUUUCAUUGGAGUUGCAGUCCAAUAAUAUUUGAAGGCCACAUUCCCCCCCCCCCCAGUAAUGCAAAGCCACUAGUGGACACAAUCCUUAGAAGCAAAGACAUAUGGAAAAAUCUGUGGUUCGGAACAAUGAUCUUUAGAUGAACAAAUGUACAUUUAUUGUCUUUUUUCUGCUUAACAGGGGUAUCUGUGUACACUUGACAUUAGGCAGCUUUUAUAGUGGAUAUCAAAAUUUCAGGGCUCUCAAUAGCAAGUUAAGAGAAGAAAAACUUGAUUGUGUUUACAAACAGAGAGACAGUAAACAUAAUUGAUGUCAGGAGAUCCCAGUCCAGAGUGUGGAAUAGUUCCUUCUCCAACUCAGUGGAGGAUACCAGCAGGAAUUUGCUAAUGAAUUGUGUUUAGUUAUUACUUGACAAGACAAAUCUUUCAAGACAAACUGGAGACUUGAUAGUAUGUGACUAUGAAAAGGCAAGCAGACCACUUUAGUGUGGCAACAUUCAUAUUCAUCUAAGCUGCUACUGGUUUCUCUGUCAAAAUUUCUUCUGUCUUCAGUAUAAAAAACCCAGUGAAAACCUGAUCCUGAAUCUGUUGAUGGUCUUCAAGACAAUCUGGAUGUAGUAGUGUCCUUAGCAGAAAGGCAUACUAUAACUGCGAUUUCAAAAUGUGCUACAAACACUUACUUCUGUAGUAAUGGAAAAGGAUCCGUUCCAUGCCAGUUGUUUACCUGUUCAUAUUGGGACGCUUGUGGAGCUGAAUAAAGCAAACGAGCUUUUCUAUCUUUCGCAUAAACUAGUGGAUUUAUACCCAAACAACCCUGUAUCUUGGUUUGCCGUAGGAUGUUAUUAUCUCAUGGUUGGUCAUAAAAAUGAACAUGCUAGAAGAUACCUUAGCAAAGCCACUACACUUGAGAGAACAUAUGGGCCAGCAUGGAUAGCAUAUGGGCAUUCAUUUGCAGUUGAAAGUGAGCAUGACCAAGCCAUGGCUGCUUACUUCACAGCAGCCCAGCUGAUGAAAGGAUGCCAUUUGCCAAUGCUAUACAUUGGGCUGGAAUAUGGCUUGACUAACAACUCAAAAUUAGCAGAACGCUUUUUCAGUCAAGCUUUAAGUAUUGCACCUGAAGACCCUUUUGUAAUGCAUGAAGUUGGCGUGGUAGCAUUUCAAAAUGGAGACUGGAAAACUGCAGAAAAGUGGUUUCUUGAUGCACUAGAGAAGAUCAAGGCCAUAGGAAAUGAGGUGACUGUUGAUAAAUGGGAACCUUUAUUGAAUAAUUUGGGACAUGUGUGCAGAAAGCUCAAGAAAUAUGAAGAAGCUCUUGAAUAUCAUCGUCAAGCUCUAGUGCUGAUACCUCAAAAUGCUUCUACUUACUCUGCUAUUGGAUACAUACACAGUCUGAUGGGAAACUUCGAAAGUGCAAUUGAUUAUUUUCACACAGCCCUUGGUCUUAGGAGAGAUGAUACAUUUUCUGUUACCAUGCUUGGACAUUGCAUAGAAAUGUAUAUUGGUGAUUCUGAAGCCUACAUUGGAACUGCCAUUAAGGAUAAAUUACGCUGCUAUGACUUUGAUGUGCAUACUAUGAAAACCUUGAAGAACAUCAUUUCACCUGCAUGGGAUGUAUUGGAUAUAGAUAUAGAAAGGCAAACUCUAGAAGAAAGUAAUAUCAUGGCACUGGAAGCACCACAUCAGAGAAAACCUACAGAAGCACCAGCUCCGUUGGAUGAAACUUUUGAAAUUGAAAUGAAUGAAAGUGAUAUGAUGUUAGAAACAUCAAUGUCAGAUCACAGUACAUGACCUUAAAAUAACUGUGCAACAUGUCUAAGCAAUUUUGUCACCUCAUGCCUUUAGGAUUCUGCUGUUUUAUAUGAUUACAUACUUGGAGUGUUGAUAUCAGAGAACUGUCCAAGAAGGUGACAGUGCAUUUGUUUAUACCAAUUUUAUUCUGCAGAUUAAUCAUAUGUAUUUUUAAUUGUUCAUUGCACCUGUGACUGCUAUUAAAAGACUGUGAAUGUUUAAAAAAAUACUUGAUUUGCAAUAUAUUAAUAUCUGCCCAAAAGCUGAUGAAUUACUGGUUUAGCUUUCUAGUUUUGUAUAUAUACCUAUGUUAAAUAUGUGUCAUCAUGACCACCUGCAAAAUUUAGGAUUUUGAUAUGGUAUAUUUUAUUGUUUAACUCUGAAUUAAAGUUUUCAUUACUUUGUUCACCCCUUCAUGUAAUUGUGAAAAAUAGUUUUUAGUAGUUGACUUUGAUGUGCCAUUGCAUUGUUGCCCAAGUUUUUUUAACUGCAGUAGUAAAUAUGCUCUCUGUCCGA